GGUGUUUAUCAGCCCUGCCUGCCUGCUAUGGGAAAUAUCUCUGGGGAGGAGAUGGGGAGGCGGAAGGCCUGGGGAGACCUGGGGACGGGGUGGCAGGUUACUCUGAGUCACUUUGCAGCUGAAUAGAGGUUGAGACUCUAAUUGUAGAGCAGCUCACGGGGCAGAUUAGGAAGAGAUUUGUCUCUGCGGGGGGAAAAAAUGCAUAUUAAAAUGAAACAAGAAGGAAGCAGUGCAUUAAAACAGCUUUGACGUGCUAACACACUGAACAAUUUAAUCCUCUGUCGGUUUGGGUGCGUGCAUAUGUGUUAUGCCUCUGCAUUUAUAUGCCAGUGUGAAUAUCCCACUGUUAUUCACAUUCAUGCAGUAUGUCUGUCUGAGCGAAUGCUUUCUGAAUCUCCAGCUCUCUCUCUCUCUCUCUCUCUCUCUCCCUCCCUCACCCUCCGUCUGUUGCUCCCUCCCCCUCCUUCCCUCCCUCUCUGUGUGAGCGUAGACUGGGCGCUAAGCCAAGUGGAGUGUGUUUUUUUGAAUGAAUACCUGAUGCGGCUGAUGAGGCUGGCUGGGGGAGGAGCUGUGUCAGUGGAGUACUGAGAGAGAGAGAGAGAGAAAGAAAGAGGAGGGAGGGAGGUAGAGAGGGAAAGGGGAGAGAGGCAGAAACAGAGAGAGAGAGAGAGAGAGAGAGAGAGAGAAGCAGCCAGGCAGAGAGGGAGCUGGCGGUCUGGUGGCCUUGCAUAACACGCGUUGGAGCAGCCUUGAACGCAGGACUUGGUGUCAGCUUCAGCAGUGGGGAACUUCCUUCCUUCCUUCACCGUCAGCCCGUUGCAGGGGCAGCGUAGCCUCCCAACCGGAGAGAGUCCUGAGAGGAAGGCAGAGCUGGAGCAGCUACGGCACAGGCUCCAGGAGAGGAAAGAGGCACAAAGGAGAGAUUCAGGAAGAGGAGUCCUAGGAAACACGUCUCCAACACACAUACACACACACACAUACACACACACACACACACACUGAGAGGCAGGAAGAAUCCUUGGACAUGCUCUGCAAGCAGUGGCUGUGGAGAGACUGAUUCCUGCCGACGUCGUGGAAGAGGUGGAUCAGUCAGAGAUGAUUCCUCAUGAAGUUUAUGGAGCUCAUUUUGUGAGCUGGAGUGACUCCAUCUUCUCUGGUCUGAGACCUGGAGCUGUCUACCAGUGAACACAAAGAGAGCCGGAGCCACGCAGCACACAGAGAGGCCUGACCGCUGCACAUAACCAUUGAGUGGAGGAGAGAGAGAGACCAAAAAGACCCAGAACAACUUAGAAAUAACUACCUGGGAGGAUUAAAACCACGCUGGCACAAUGAAGUCCAACCAGGAGCGGAGUAAUGGAUGUCUGCCUCCUAAGAAGCGUGAGAUGCUGUCUCUGGAGCACAGGCCGGUGGUAGUAGCCGCAGCAGCGCCUCCAGCUGCAGUGGUUGCUGACAGUCCCCACACAGAGAACCUAGCAUGGCUGGCAAGUGUAGCCAGCGAACGCUGCAAAUCCAGGGACGCAGAGAGCCCGAGAUGUCCCAUCUCCUCCGCUUCCUCCUAUUCUCCUUCCACUUCUAUCCCUUCCUCGGCCACUCCUCUGUCUGCGGUGCCCCUGGCCUCUCUGCCUGCAGUUUACCCCACCGCCCUCCCCCAGCAGGCUGGGACUAUCCAGUUCGCUCAGCUGGGACCCAACGUCCAGUUCAUCAGCUCUGGGCCCUACGCCGGCUACAUCUCCUCUCACAUCAUCGCCAACGCUGGCUCUGCACCCAACAGCGCUGCCAUGGGACAGCGUCCCCAGCUGGAUGGUUACACCACUGCCCUCAUCUCCCCCAACAACAAAGGGGAGCAGCAGUUUCAAAUAGGCCUCUCUCCCACAGAACUGACUCCUGUGUCGCUCCCAAACUCUCCCCAAGUCACCAGCCAGUACUUUCAUCUGGACAGCAGGACACCUCUGACCGUCAGCGGAAACGCCGUCUCUUCCCAGACGGCCCACCUCCAGCUCCACCCUCACACAGCCGUCCUCCCUCAGACGCUCACUCUGGCUCCCUCACAGCUCUUGGUACAGUAUGCAGAUGGUUCAUUUGGAAGGAAACCUGAGGGGCAUGCUAAGGGUGUGUUGAACGGGGAAUUAGAGUUGGUCAAACAGACUAAAACCCACAGUCAUCAAGUGAACCAUCAGCAGGUCCAUAGCUAUGAGGCCAGACAUAUCCUCCUGCCUGCAGACUACGGCCAAAACCCUGCAGGACUCCAGACCUCCUUGGUGCUGUUGGCCCAGCCCAACCACCACGGAGCUGAACGGGACACUGGCUCAAAUAAGUUCUCCUUUGUCCAGACUGAGAAAGGAGGUAUCUGUUUGGGGAAACCAGUGUCUAGAUCGUCCUCCUUCACCUCCCUCUCUUCCUCAGAUGUGGUUAAGUCCGUUGCUCCUCAUACAGUCAUCCAGACCACUCUACCCCACGAGGAGCUGCCAGCCAGCCUCUAUUCCUCCACACAGCCACCCAUCAUCGGUUACAUCACCAGCGCAAAUCAGCAUGGCGUCAGCUACCAUGCGGCACUGCCACAGCACCUGGUCAUCCCGAGCGGCCAGUCCCUCCUCAUCCCGGUCAGCGGCACCAAUAAUGGCACAGAAAUUGAGGUUAGUCGUACGGUCAGCACCCUGACUGCUACAACUCCUCAAAUAUCCACCGCCAUGCCGCAUGCCUAUCUGGCCACAGCCCUGUCCAAGUGUGAGGCGAUCGGGCCAGAUGGAAAUCAACCACCCCCUGCCGUCGCGCACGCACCAGCGAUGCCGGUCCUGCCCUCAAACCCGGUUCCUGCAGCGGUGGCAGCUCCCUCGCCAACUCCUGCUCCUGUCCCCAGUCCCGCCCCUGUUUCCAUCCAAGCCUCCCACUCCAUCUCCUCUCCCUCCUCCCCCGUGGCGCUCCCUCCGUUCUUCAUGCGAGGCUCCAUCAUCCAGCUGGCCGACGGGGAGCUGAAGCGCGUGGAGGACCUGAAGACGGAGGACUUCAUCCAGAGUGCUGAGAUUAGCAGCGAGCUGAAGAUCGACUCCAGCACUGUCGAGCGUAUUGACAGUGGACAGAGUCCUAAUGCUGUGGUCAUACAGUUUUCUGUGGGAGAGCUCAAAGCGCAGGUGUGUGUGGAGGUGCUGCUGGAGUAUCCCUUCUUUGUAUUUGGCCAGGGAUGGUCGUCCUGCUGCCCGGACAGGACCACCCAGCUGUUUGAGCUGUCCUGUGCUAAGCUGUGUGUGGGGGACGUAUGCGUGUCGCUGACCCUCCGCGGCCUGAGGACCACUUCAGUAACAGACAGCCAUGCUCCGGGGACCAAGCUGAAGACUGGUCACCUCUCUGACUCCUGUCACAAUGUGGACGCCAUUGUAAGAAACAGUACGAGUCCAAACGCUGCAGGCAGAAACAGUGGCCUUCUCAUGAAGGCUUCCGGUGCAGACAGGCUGGAGAGGGAGCAGGUUACUGGACCGGGACCAGGGGAGGGGAUCUACGGAGCUGGACCAAUGCUGACCGGAGAAGUGAGACAGGAAUCAGUGAAAACAGACAUGCCUGCUCUUACCAAAAUACAAUGUGGUGAUCCAGAGAGACCCACAGUCCGCAAGAGACGCUGGUCAGCUCCAGAGCGAGACCAGACCGGGAGAGCUGAGGAGGAGCCUCCUCUGACUCUGCCCAAACCCUCCUUCAUCCCUCAGGAGGUUAAAAUCAGCAUAGAGGGCCACUCCAGUACCGGGAGUGAAAGGCGCUUGAACAGAAGAAUAGACUGUUGAGAGAACUUUAAGGAGUUUUGAUUACCUGUGGUUUGCUUUGUGUUUUAUCCCCCCUCUUUCCUCUCUAUCCAGACUACUGUAUUAUAGGCUGAGUUUACACAGUAUUUUCAUGUUUUUCUUUUCUUCCACACAAGUCUGACAUCUACGAUGAAGUACAGUAGAGCACCUUUAUAAGUGGUAUCACACACGAGAUCAGUGCAAUCAAUGCUGAAAGCAAAAAUGAAUGCAGCGUGAAUGUUGAGUAUGAAUGGCAGUCAGUCACCUGAGAGACAUUUGACUUGCGUGUCACAUAUCAUAAGCUGGAUCUCCUUUUGUCACGUGGCUUAAACCUGUUGGAUGCAGACCAGUCGAACCAUUCCUCUUUAUCACACGAACAAGCACAGACCCCGAUGUCAGCGUGUACAAAGUGGGUAACCAUAUUUUGACUUUCAUCCUGUUGGUUUCACUAUUUAUUUGGGUUUACAGUGACGUUUAUGAGGAGUUGAAGUCAAAGAGAGAUUUUUUUGGUAGUCCAAUGACGAUGCUCAAUCACCGUGGCUCUGGUCUCUGCUGCCUUGUGUAUCUGAUGAGGUUUUGAGUUUUACUUUAUUACAAUUUUUCUUUCAUUUUCAUACCAUUGCAGAUGUGUGCGCUGCCACAGGUGGCCUUGUGCCACUUGUCUCAUGUGUAUGUGCCUGUGUGUGUGUGUGUGUGUGUGUGUGUUUUUCUCUGUGACUAUCAGACAGCACAGAAUUAAGGUGUGUUCGUGUGACUGUAGCUGUGAGCUCAGUCGUCAAUACAACCUGCAAAUAUCAAGACUGAAAAGGCCUGAAUGUAAUAACUGAAUUAGUUCCCAGUCAAUAUAGAAUUUGAUACCAUUGUUUUUACAAUGUGUGGGUGACAAUAGCUGCACAGGGGUGCAUUUCUCUGAUGAAGUUCCUCUGUCAAAUUUCCAAUUCCUUUCAAAGACAGCAUAUGUCACUAGUUAAUGCCCAUCUUUAACCCUGCUAUGUACAGCAUUUCAAACAAGAGAUUUCUAUCUACUAUCUACGGAUGAGUUUUUAGCUGAUUUAUGUAUGGACUCAUACUGCAAUAUAAACCAUAGUUGACUAACUUGGCUAACUGCACUAAUUGUUUUGCCACUUGGGGGGCAGCACAGCAAACUAAACACAACCCUGACGUAUUGCCUUCUAGAUUUGACAAACUUAAAAAAAACAAUUGCGUAAUUACACAUCCAGCAACACAGAUCAUCAAUCAUUUGGAGUCAUGUGUUAGGCGGACUGAUGAAUGUAAUGUCCAGUUCACCCUACUCGUUGCCCUGUUUUGGUCCCUGGCCCUUAAGUUGCUAAAUUCUCCAUUAUGAACACCAGCUAGUUGCUAACUUUGUCUGUUUGAUGGUUGGAAUAGGUUUAGAAUAGGUUUAUCAGAGCUUAUUCACUGGAAAGAACUACCUGCUUCGCCUGGAAUCGACCCUGAUGAGAGCAGUUAGAGAAGGUUGCAGGCCAUAAAACCCAGCAACGUGAUCUCAUCCCUACUCCUCAUAUUUUGACACUUGGGCAGGAGGUUAAUAUUAACAAAACAAUGAGCUGAAGGAGGCUAAAUAGGUUUAUAGAGCAGAGAUGAACUGCAGAGUCUGGAAAUAAUUGUCUCCCUUUCACAUUACGCGUAACCAUCUGACCCAUUGUUAAUAUAAAAAUAUCGAUGAAAGCAACUUUAAUGCAAACACACAAUAAAAUAAUAAAAAAAAAGAUUGCAUGAUAUUUACGUAUUGAUAUAAAAAUGGUACCUUCCCAUUUGAUUGACCUUUCUAUAUUGCUUUCUUUACAGAAACUAUGGCCUUAGAGAUAUAUACUGUAUAUACCUAAUUCACAGCAGCACAUGUUUUCUAGGGUUUUAUUAUUAAACCUAUUUUCCUUAAUGAUGGUAUGCCUUUCUUAAGUCCAUACCUGUUAUAUCCGAGUACGGCUGUUUUGAUCAGUGUCAUUUCUUUCUUAGAGUAGAGCCAAAUUAAAUAUCCUACAGUUCAUACUCAGGAACAGUGUGUAUCUGUAUGUGUGUGUGUGUGUGUGUGUGGAGGCCUGAGACAGUAUGUGCAUGUCCGCAGUCAAUGUGUAUGUGUGUGUGUUCUGAGCAGCAGCACUUUGAUGAAGCAUCCAGCGGGAGUGUAGUGGUGGUGGUUGGUGUCCCUGUUCCUCAGCUAGUUAGAUAUAAUGAAAAUAAUCAACUGACUGUUUUUCAUCUGUCCUACAGGUUUAUCAUGGAGAGAAAACAUUAUAUACCAGGGCAGGGAAUGUAAACACACACAUCGGGCAAACUAUCUCAACUUUAUUUUUGAUGACUGAUAGAGCUACUAUACAGAGAAAGAAAGAGAGAGUCGAUCGUGUACAGUAAAUUGUAUCCUAGAGAGUGUACAGCGUGUGUGUGUGUAUAGAUAUUUUAACCCUUAUGUAGCCUAUGUACUGUAUGUGCCACAGCGCCUCCUUCUUCAAUCAUUCCAUUAACUCACCAAUAUCAAGUGGUCCUGCUAUCAUUUCUGUUAGUUCAGGUAUUGAUCUAACGUUCAUGAAUGUGCUACACUCCUUUGGGAACAUUUACAUACAUUUGGCCUCCUCGGAAUUGAAUUUGACUUGCACACCGUUAACAUGCAGUAUAUAUGUGUGAAUAUAUGAACUGCAAUUUUAUCAUAAUAGCCAUUAACCUUUUUAUAACUCCCGAAAAAGGUGUUUAUUGUAAACCCAGUAACCAGACUGUUCUCUUCUGUUUGUGUUUGACUGCUCAGGCUUUAACACUGCCCAGUGACUGUUCUCCAAAAAUGACGUGGUCUUAUAUUCUUCACUGUUACAAGGUAGAGGUACUGUUUUUCAUCAGUUUGUCUUUGUAGCCAUUUCCUCUCUUGUGAGCCUGGCCUGUGUUUGUAUUUUCUUUUUCUUUUUUUUUUUUUAAAGAAAUUAUCUUUCAAAUACAGACCUGAAAUGACAUGACACAGACAAAUCUGUGAAAUGUACGAUUGAUGCUAAAAGGACUAAUUUCACAUUUUGGGUAAAUGAAGUCGUAUUCUUGCUGAGAGUUACGUUUGAAUAUUGAUACCACAUGGUAUCAAUCUUCUCAUCUACCUUUCAGCAAAAAAAAAACAAUAAGCGCAUUUCCCCAAAAUGUUGAAAUGUUCCUUUAAAGGCCCAAAACACACCGACCAAGUUGUUUGCUCACAAAUAUGCUGCAGCUGGGCCCCUUAAAAUUUCACAUGGUAUAGUGGUAUAGUCGGAGCCUUUCUAAAUAACUUUGAAUAUGGUGUAAAAGCACUGCCUUGUGGUGAUAUAUGGAAUUGCACUUUGUUAUAUGGGGUGGAGGGUGUUUUAGUCUAACUAAUACACAGAAGUAAUGUACAGCAUGUCUGAGAGAAACUGUACGCUAACAGUACAGCAUCUCAGUGAUUUGUAAAUAGCCAAAGUCUUCCAUUAUAAUGUUGGUAUGACCUUGUUGUCAGUGAAGAGGAUAAACACUGAUCCCCAUGUACAGACCUUUGAAGUUAAGUUUAAUUUCAAAAAGACAUCAUUUUAUUUGAAAGAAAUACAGGAUAUCGCUUCACCUAAGAUGUUUUCUUUCGCACCAGCUCAAAAAGACAACAACAACAGGAAUUUAUGGGAGUAAAAGACUUUUAAAAAAAUAGGAUUUUUGUAAUUCGGGUCUGUUUGUUGGAUAAAUCUCAGCUAAGAUACAGUAUGUCCUACGUACAGUAUGUAGUAAAUAUCAAUAAUGUUCCCUUAUUUUGAUGGUGUUGAGGUUGCUAGUCAGAAACUGUUAAAUCUGUACUUCAAAUGUUUGAUUUUACAUUUGAUCAAAUAUAUUCAAAGAAAUAAAAGAGUCUAAAGAAAAAGACA